CUUCUUGAAGCAGAAGCUAUGUUAGUUUGUUUCCUUCUUCUUUGUGUGCAGAAUAUAGAUGUCAAGUUGACCUUUUGCAAACGUGUCUUCGUGGACAUCGAGUUUUUCUCCCGUAUUUGAUCUGUUCUGCUGAAUCUGAAGGGACUUUGUUAGCUUAGCAUGGUAGCUGGAUGCUGACAGCACCGAGGAGCUCAGCGAGACACUGAUGGAGAUCGAUGCUGUGAUUCAGAUCAAAUCUAUCACAGGUAGAUGAACUGAUCCACACGGCGAAGAUGGAUUCCCAGUUUAAUGACAUCCAGCAGCUGUUGGGGAUCAAAGAGGAGCUUCCUGCUGAGGAGCAGAGCUGCUGUCCCAGACUGGACCAGGAGGACCAGAAGCCCCCGCAGAUUAAAGAUGAACAGCAAGAGACUGAAAUUACAGAAUUUACAUUCAGUUCUGUCCCUGUGAAGCAUGAAGAUGAUGAAGAGAAACCCGAUUUCUCAAAGCUUCGUCAGGGUCAGACUGAGGAGGACAGGGAUUCUGCUGGACAAGAACCAGAUCCGCACCAAAGUUCAGAUCAUGGAAACAAAACUUCAGAUUCUGAGACGGACGUCAGCGAUGGGAACUGGGAGGAGAACAGUGAAGCUCAGUCCCGUUUAGACUCAGUGAGAAGGAAAUGUCCUUCAGCUGACACGAGGGGUGAGAGAGACAAGCUGCACAGCUGCAGCGAGUGCAGUAAAACGUUCACCAAACGUUGUGACCUGUCGCGACACAGCAGGGUCCACACAGGAGAAAGACCUUUCACCUGCUCCGUCUGUAACGCAGCGUUUCCCUGGAAACAUUCUUUAGUCCAACACAUGAGGAUGCACAGUGGAGAAACACCUUUCAGCUGCUCUGUCUGUGGCCAGAGCUUCAAAUCCAGGUCACAUCUAACCGUCCACAUGGGAGGCCACACAGGGAAAAAACCUCACAGCUGUUCCUUCUGUGAGGCAACUUUUAAAAACAAGUUCACCUUAACAGAGCACAUAAGAACUCACACCGGAGAAAAGCCUUACAGCUGCUCUGCCUGUGACGCAACGUUCACACGGAAAAAGGCUUUUGUGCAACAUAUGAUAACGCAUGGAAGGAGCGGAGCUUUGAGUUGCUCCGUGUGUUUAAAAACGUUUGCCUGGAGAUACGCCUUAGCUGAGCACAUGAGAACGCACAGUGGAGAGAAACCACACCGCUGCUCCAUCUGUGACAAAGCGUUUACUUUAAAGACAAGUUUAAUUAAACAUGUAAAGGUUCACUCAGAGGAGAGACCCUUCAGAUGUUCUGUCUGUAAUGCAGCCUUUAAAUAUAAAAGCAACUUAACGAAACACGCGAGGAGCCACACUGGAGAGAAACCUUUCUGCUGCUCUCUCUGCGGCCAAAGCUUCAGCUACAGCUCAUAUUUAAUUGUUCACAUGAGAGGUCACACAGGAGAGAAACCGUUCAGCUGCUCUGUCUGUGACAAAGCUUUUACUUUGAAAACUAAUCUAAUUAAACAUGUAAAAGUCCACUCAGAGGAAAGACCCUUCAGAUGUUCUGUCUGUGAUGCAGCUUUUAAAUGUAAAAGCAACUUAACGAAACACGCGAGGAGCCACACUGGAGAGAAACCUUUCAGCUGCUCUGUCUGCGAGCAGAGCUUCCGCUACAGCUCAAACUUAACUAUUCACAUGAGAGGUCACACAGGAGAGAAACCGUUUAGCUGCUCUGUCUGUGAGGCGACUUUUAACAGAAAACUCCGUUUAAUGAGACACAUGAGAACCCACACCAGACAGAGCUGCUAGAUCUGUGAGACAAAGAUCAAACAACAUUGCUGGUGAAGAUCCUCAGUCAUCCAGGUCAUGGUCAUUCCAAAAAAAAAGUGGAAUGUACAAACCUGUUUGGUUUAUACAUUUCAAACCAAACAGGACCCUCAGACAGAGGCUGGUGCAUCCCAAGGACAAAACCCCCAAA